CACUCGCGCCUUUCCGGUAUUGACGCAUGCACGUACAGUAUUCGUCUGCUCGGGAAGCUGAGUGAGCUCGCUGUCUGUUGAACCGGUCGUUAUGAAAGCCAUCUGCGUGCUGAAGGGGAGCGGUGAGGUCACCGGGACCGUUAACUUAGAGCAAGCUGAAGAUGGAUCUGUGACUGUGAAAGGAUGCAUCACUGGACUGACUCCUGGAAAACAUGGAUUUCACGUUCAUGCUUAUGGGGAUAAUACAAAUGGUUGUAUCAGCGCAGGACCACACUAUAAUCCUUUUAAUAAAAAGCAUGGCGGACCAGAUGACGUAGAAAGACAUGUUGGUGAUCUUGGCAAUGUUGUGGCUGAUAACAGCGGUAAAGCCAAAUUUGAAAUAAAGGAUAAAAUGCUCAGUCUAUCAGGAGAACUGUCCAUCAUUGGACGUACACUUGUGAUUCACGAGAAAGAAGAUGACUUGGGCAAAGGGGGAGAUGAAGAAAGCACCCGAACUGGAAAUGCUGGAGGACGCUUAGCCUGUGGAGUGAUUGGAAUUGCCAAUGCUUGAAAUUUGAUCUCUCUUGGAUAGGGGUGGUAAAUAGUGCAUAACUUUUCUUUAGGUCGGCAAACUAAACCUAUCACUAGCUAAUAGUUGAAUUACAGCAAUUUUGAACUUCACAUUAUACUCUAUAAAACUGAAGUAUGCCAUUUGAUCCAAAUUAGUGAGGCUGUGCUUUCAAUACUUUAAAGGUGCAGUGGAUAAAUCCUAGCUACAGGAACUCCAGCUUUCUGUUGGAUAUUGAUUGUUGACAUUUUUUGUUUGAAGAAUAUACAAGAUGUACCUGACUAUAUGGAAGCACUGAAUAAUACGUUGUCAAAUAAAUCGAGAAGUGUCCUUGGCUCUAAGUUA